AUGAAAUUAGUGGAUGCAGUCCAGCGCCUUGGAAUAGAACACUUGUUUGAAGUGCAGAUAGCCACUUCACUCAGUGACAUCCAUGGAAGUGAAUUCAAUAGCUCCAGCCUGCAAGAGGUUGCUAUUUGGUUCCGCCUUCUCAGGGAACAUGGCCUUUGGGUAUCUCCAGAUGUAUUCAAAAAGUUCAGAGGUGAAGAUGGGACCUUCAACGAGUACAUAAAAAAUGAUCCAAAGGGACUCUUAUGUCUCUACAAUGCAGCAUAUGUCUUCGUCCAUGGUGAGCCGGAACUCGAAGAGGCCAUCUCUUUCGCAAGGCAUCGUCUGGAAUCAUUGGCACCCAGCCUCAGAUCCCCUUUAGCGGAGCAAGUGCAGCGUGCCCUCCACGUACCAUUGCCAAGGACAUACAGGAGGUUGGAGGCAUUGCACUACAUGCCAGAAUACGAACAAGAAGAAGGCCAUAAUCCAGUUCUUUUGGAGCUUGCAAAGCUGGACUUUAACAUCCUGCAGCGUGUCCACUUGAAGGAGCUCAAAGCUAUCUCUGAGUGGUGGAAUGAUCUUUAUGGAUCCGUGGAACUAGGUUUUGUUCGGGAUCGUGCAGUGGAGUCCUACCUUUGGGGCUACUCGUUGUUCUAUGAGGAAGACUGCUCGCUCACACGAAUGUUCUUUGCCAAGUUAACUGCGGUGCACACAUUUUUGGAUGACAUCAGUGACAACCAUGCCACCUUAGAGGAAUAUCAGAAGCUGGACGCAGCCAUACAAAGAUGGGAUGAGAGCGCCAUUUCUCUUGUGCCAGAGUACCUGAAGAAGUUAUAUAUUAAACUACUGAGCUGCUUUAAGGAAUUCGAUGAUGAAUUAGCCCGCAAUAGAAGGUAUCCCAUUGAUCACAUGAAGACACAGGUAGAAUAUUGUACUACUACCUCCGUCACACGUUACCCUUACUCUUGUGCAUGCAUGCAGUUCCAAAAGCAGUCCAAUUUUUACUUCCAAGAAGCUGAAUGGGCACACCAAAAUCACAAGCCAAGCUUUAAAGAUAAAUUGCAUCUAUCUACCAUGUCCACGGGUGUGCCGCAGCUAUGUGUGUCUAUGAUGGUUUGCAAGGGCGAUAAAAUGCCCAAGGGAGCACUGAAGUGGGCACUUGGACACCCUGAUGUCGUCAUGGCCAGCGCCAAGAUUGGGCGCUUAAUGAAUGACAUUGCUAGUUCAUCAAAACGCCGGAAAAAUAAGGCGGAUGUGGCCUGCUGCGUGGAGUGGUACAUGAGUGAGAAUAAGGUCACACAAGAGGUCGCCUUUGCAGCGAUGGAUUCACUGAUAGAAGAUGAAUGGAAAAGUACCAACCAAGCUCGAUUUGAACAUCCUCGUGAGCUGCUACCGGCGGUGCAACGGGUUAUCAACUACACUCUUGCCAUACCGGUGUACUACGGCGGCAGGAAAGACGCCUUCACGUUCAGCUCGCACCUUGACCAUAUCAUCAAGAGCCUGUUCGCCACGCCCAUCCCCAUCCCCAUCCCCAUCCAGUAGCUACUACUCGGUGUGCCCUACG